UUGCUUCCUGCUCCAGUUAUAAGACGACGCGGAAACCUCUCGUCUUCGUCGUCGAUCGCUCCCGAGUCUCCCACAGAUCGGGCGCUCGAUUACGAUCUCCGAGGCUUGCCGAUCGAGUUGGCCGCCACCGGUGGCCACGUCGCUCCGAUUCGAUCUCUCGGGAUUUAUGUUCAGAGAAUAUGCAGAAUGGCAGAGGCGGUAUGGGUGACUUCUUUGGUUUUGGGGAUCCAUUUGCUGGAUCUGGUGGCCUCAGCAGACCAGGGAGUCUGAUUUCUGGCUUUUUUGGUGGGAGAGAUCCCUUCGAUGACCCUUUCUUCACGCAGCCUUUUGGAAGCUUGAUGGGCCUUAGCAUGUUCCGACCAAGCAUGUUUGGUCCCAGCAUGUUUGCUGAUCGAGGGAGCGUUUUUGGAGAGACCAGUAGAGUUGGGUUCUUGGAGCAGGCUCCUUAUGUCAAUAAGUCAAAGGGUCCGAUCAUUCAAGAACUGUCUGAUGAUGAUAAUGGAGGAGAAGAGACUGACAAGGAGCAGAAAGAGAACCCAAGAAAACAUUCUAGAACAAGCAAAGAGCCGUAUGUUCAGGAUCCUGAUGAAGUAGUUGAAGCAAAUAAGAGAAGGCGUAUGCAAUAUGUGAACAACUUCAACCAGUCUGAUAGGAUGCAAUCACAUAGUCACUCUAUUACUUUCCAGAGCUCAACAGUGACUUAUGGUGGUCCAAAUGGAGCAUAUUACACUUCAUCUACUACAAGGAGAAUGGGUGGUGAUGGAUUUGUUAUGGAGGAGAACAAGGAGGCCGAUACUACUACCGGUAGAGCUACACACAGGAUUUCUCGAGGGAUCCGUGACAAAGGUCACUCACUAACAAGAAAACUAAAUUCAGAUGGGAGGGUAGACACACUACAGACAUUACAUAAUUUGAAUGAAGAUGAGCUGCCUGUUUUCGAGGAAGACUGGAAGGGGAAUGCUAAACAACACUUGCCUGGAUGGAAGCCAGGACUUGAUUUGCUUGAUGAUCGGAACUUAAGGAGUGGUAACAACAGCAGUCAAAAGCACACAAGAGGAUGGGUGCUUCCAUCAACUGAGCGACCACAUGACUCAGGAAGGAUGAGGUCUCAGCCACGCUCGGACUCUUCCAAAACCAGAGGUUCCAUUAAACGAAACCUGAAGGGGCAUUGAGUACAUAACUGGUAUGGUAAUAUGCUAUCCUAGCAUCAGUGAUCUUCUGUAGUUGACAUACAACUAGUAUUCGCCACUCUGCACUACACUGCUAUUUCAAGCCACAAAUACUUUUGUUGUUGUGGGACAAAUGUUAUAGACAUUAAUGAGUUCUUCCUGACUGGUAAAACUUUGUUGGAAUUUGAUUCAUGAAGAACAUUGGCCUUACUUUUUACUUGUA